AUGCUCGAUGCGUGCCACUGCGCGUCUGACGGAACGGCUCUUGCCACACACCGAGUAGGAUCGGGUUUGCAGAAGUUUGAGAACCUGCCGUCGAGCCCGACCUUUCGGUUUUGCCGCGCACACUCGACCGGUGGUACAACUCCUGUGCCACAGGGAGACUCCGGGACAGUGCCUUCCUCUUCAGACGAUACGCGCGCAAAUCCAGUUGUCGACACCGACCUUAAUGCAGUAACAAGCUACAUUGUCGGGAUGGCUCAGAAGUCUCUGCAGAAAGGAGAGACGGCGACACCUACAAGCAAGCUAGAGGAACUGCGCACCCGAGAGGGCCGUCUCUGGGACUGUCUCGAUACAGUCGAAUUUGUCCUCGAUGUGGAGGAAAUUUUUGACGUCACUGUCCCGGACGAAACUGCAGACAAUUUCGAGACACUCCAGGAAAUUGCAGAGUUCGUUGUCGCUGCGCGAGCGAAGGCACAAAAGACGAUGAAGGAUCAGUGA